GUGCAAGUGUAACGAAAAGCUGUUAGCAAGGUGCCUCGUCAGCCAAUAUAAAUUCUCUUGUGUUCUUCUUCAAUGGCUGUUUCAAUAGUCCAAGAGUCCUCGUCGAUUUCUCGAUGCGGUUAUGAUGUAUUUUUGAGUUUUAGAGGUGUAGAUACGCGUAAAAAUUUUACGGAUCACCUUUACAUGACCUUAGUGAAUGUAGGGAUUCACACAUUUAGGGAUGAUGAUGAAAUUGAAAGAGGAGAGAAGAUAAGAGACGAAAUUGAAAGAGCAAUAUAUGAGUCAAAAAUAUCUAUCAUUAUCUUCUCAAAGAAUUAUGCUUCAUCAACAUGGUGCCUUAAUGAACUUGUAAAGAUAAUGGAACAUAGGAAAUUCUCCAAACACAUUGUUUUGCCAAUUUUCUAUGACGUGAAUCCAUCUCAAGUGAAGGAGCAGACAGGGAGUUUUGCAGAAGCGUUUGCUAGACAUGAAGAGAGCUUCAAGUCUGAGAUGGACGUGGUACAAAGAUGGAGGGCUGCUUUAAGAGAAGUUGCGGUUUUGGGAGGCAUGUUUCUAGAAGAUAGGUAUGAGUGGCAGUUCAUUCAAGAUAUUAUUAAGCAGGUUCAAAACAAACUCCAUCACCCCACUUUAUAUGUCCCUCCUUGUGUAGUUGGAAUAGAUUCUCUCGUGACAUGCAUUAAUAGUUGGUUGGGAGAUGGAUCAAAUAAGGUUGGCAUAGCAACAAUUUGCGGAAUUGGAGGGAUUGGGAAGACAACCAUUGCCAAAGUUGUUUACAAUCUUAACAUCCAAAGAUUUGAAAGGUAUAGUUUCCUUGCUGAUGUUAGAGAGGUUACUCAAGAAAGCAAUGGCUUGGUUCGUUUGCAAAGACAACUUAUUUCAGAUAUCUUGAAGGGGAAAGUAAACAAAAUUCACAAUUCAGAUGAUGGAAUCACUAAGAUCAAAGAAGCUAUAUGCCGUAGACGUGUGCUUCUUGUGCUAGACGAUGUGGAUGAUUCAGAAAAAAUAACUGAAAUAAUUGGAGCACAAAUUCCUUUUCAUCCAGGAAGUAAAAUCAUCAUAACUAGCAGACAUCAAUGUUUACUGAGUGAUCCUUUUAUAAUACAGAUGUUUGAUCUUGAAGCAUCAUCAAGUUAUGGAGACUUAUGCAAGGUAUUUGAGGUAAAAGAAUUAGCUUUCAAUGAAUCUUUUCAACUUUUUAAUUGGUAUGCCUUCGGACAGAAUGAUCCAAUUGAUAAUUAUAUGAAAUACGCAAGGAGUGUAGUGAAACACUGUGGUGGGCUUCCAUUAGCUCUUCAAAUUUUGGGUUCUUCUUUAUCUGGUAAAAGUAUAAAUGUGUGGAAAAGUGCAUUAGAGAAAUUGAAAGCAAUCCCUGAUAGCAAAAUUCAGAAGAUUCUAAGAAUAAGCUAUGAUUCCCUGCAAGAUGAUCAUGAUAAAAAUCUAUUCCUUGACAUAGCUUGUGUAUUUAUUGGGAAGGAUAAAGAUUACACAACUACAAUACUAGAUGGGUGUGAUUACUAUACAGCAAUUGGUAUUGAAAAUCUCAUAAAUAGGUCUCUUCUGGUUGUUAAUGAAAAAAACAAGCUAAUGAUGCAUCAAAUGAUUAGAGAUAUGGGAAGGAACAUUAUUUGUCAAGAAUCUCCUGACCUUGGGAAACGAAGCAGGUUGUGGCAUAAGGACGCAUUUGAUGCAUUAAGAGCAAAAAUUGGUACAAAAACAAUCAAGUGCCUCACCAUUGACCUACAAAGAUUAUUGAAAGACAAGUAUGCCAAGACAGCUACAAAUUAUUCAAAAAAUCCAUUUCUUGUGUCAAAUGAGGUAGAUAUAGAAACUGAUGCAUUUGCGAAGAUGCAGAGACUUAAACUACUUCAACUAGAUUAUGUAAAACUUAAAGGAGACUAUAGAGACUUUCCGAGAAGCUUAAUAUGGUUGUGUUGGCAUGGAUUUCCUCAAGAAUAUCUUCCUACAGCUUUAGAUAUUUCCAAGCUAGUUGUUCUUGAGAUGCACAACAGUAGCCUCAAACGUAUUUGGAAUGAUACAAAGCACUUUCUUCCAAAUUUGAAGAUCCUUAAUCUCAGUCACUCCCAUGCCCUUCUCAAAAUCCUUAACUUAUCAGGUCUUUAUCGUCUUGAAAGGUUGAUGCUGAAAGAUUGCAUAAAGUUGAUUGAGGUUGAUCAAUCCAUUGGUGAUAUAAAAACUCUUACUGUUUUAAACCUUAAAGGUUGCAAAAGUCUUAAGAAACUUCCAAGGACAAUUGGUUCAUUAAAAUCUUUGGGAGAGCUUAUUUUAUCUGGUUGCUCAACACUUGGUGAUGUGCCUAGGGAUUUGCAAAAUUUAAAAUCACUGAGAGUGCUUAACUUAGAUGGAACUGCUAUUUGUGAAUCGAAUUCGUGGUUGUCUUGGUUAUCACUGAAAAGAAGCAAAGAGUUGAGUUUCUUUUGGGCAUCUUUGCCAUGUUCUUUGGUAAAGUUGAGUCUUGAAAGUUGCAGACUAUCUGAUGAUGUUAUGCCCACUGAUUUGAGUUACUUACCCUCCUUGAAAUCGUUAAAUUUAAGUAGAAACCCAAUUCAUAGCCUUCCUGAGAGCAUUAUCCGCCUAACAAAGCUUGAUGAACUUCUGCUAACUUGUUGCAAAGAGCUCCAAUGGCUUCCAAAGCUUCCAACGAGUGGCUUGCGCGUGAUAAUGUCUCAAUCGUUGCACAAGAUUUCAAGUCUGCCAUGCUUAUUAAAUUUCAAAAGGUGUAUUGUUUUUGGUUGUGAUAAGCUAAGUGAGGUUGAAGGUGUGUUCAAGUUGGAACCAAUUGAAAACUUUGAAGGGGAACAUAUCAAAAGCCUUUUUAAUGUGGACUCGAUCGGAAGCAAUAAAUUGCAAAUUUAUAACUAUCUUACGGACACAAAAAUGGUCGCAACCCCUCAGGUAUUUCAUGAUAGCGGCAUAACUAGCUGUUUUGCUUUCGGAAGUGAGGUUCCAAUCUUGUUUGAGUAUCGCUUUGAAGGGUCUAAAAUUUCUUUCUCUUUGUCAAAAAAUUCUAGUGAAAAAGUUAGUUGGUUAAACCUAUGCAUAGUCUAUUCUCUUGUUAGCGAUGAGAUAUUUGAAUUUCUACCAUCUGUCCAUCUUGUUAAUGAGACCAAGCAGUUGGUGUGGUCUUAUUUCUCAAGUUUCAUUGGAAUUUUUGAAACCAAUAGUAACACAAUCUUAUGGCUAAUCCACUGGCCAGUAAAAGAUUAUCAGUUGGACAAUGGCGAUUUGGUGAGCUUAUCAACUUCCGGUUUCAACGUAAGAGAAUUUGGUGUUACUUGCGUAUCAGAAACCAAGGUUAUGUAUGAAGAUGACACUCCACAGUACUCCCAAGAAACUGAGGAUAUUUGGAGAGGGAUUGAGUUGAAAGUUAAUGAAGAGUUACUCAAGUUGGGCUCCAAUGGAAAUAUCAAAGUGCAAAUUUACAAUGAGCUAGAGGAAUCAAAAAUGAUUGCUUCCCCUAAGGUGUUAUAUGAUUGUGGGAUAAUUAGCAUAUUUGAUACAUAUGAUUGUGGGUACAAUCAUGCUGUCGGGAACAAGGUUUCAUUUGUAGUGGCUCGAAGCUCUGGUCAACAUAUUAGCUAUCUAAACUUGGUGGUCGUUCUUCUUGCUGAAGAUGAUAAAAUAUUUGAUUUUUUAUCUCAUAUUCAGAUUGUCAAUGAGACCAAAGAUUCUAAGUGGAUCCAUCAUAAGCGCUUCAUUGGAAUUCCUAAAGCCAGGAACAAUAUUUAUUGGUUUAGUUUAUGGAGAUUUAUGGGUGAAUUGGAAGAUGGUGAUCAAGUGAGCUGUACAGUGUUUUCUGAUUUAUGUGUAAAAGGAUGUACCUUUGAUCUCAAACAUGAACCAUAUGACAACCUUCUGCAUAAACACCCCUCUGAUUAUCAACAUUUGCGAGAUAAAACUAUAAGUUCUUAUUGGCUUUUUCCAUUUUUUUUAUAUCACUUGUUCAGGUCCCAAAGGACACUUUAUAGGAUUCAGAGUUUAAACAAAUUAGAGUAAUUAUAUGUAAGAUCUUGUUGGAGCAAACAGGACAUUUCAUCUACCUCUUGUUGUAAUUAAAA